AUGCCGGAGACGCAGGAUUACUACGUGAACACGCAGUUCACGAUGGGCCGUACGGGGAUGCCCACGCCCGUGGCGACGCCAGACGCCGGCAGAGAUGCGGGUGCGGUUGGGGCCAGUGCUGGGGCGGGUGUCCCGCCCCCGCUGAGCCCUGUGGCGCCAGCGACGUCGCGAAUGAUGAUGGGCAAGAAGGCCCCUGGGCAAGAUGCCCUCCAGAAACCGUUUGCCGGUGGUGCCACGUCGCCUGCAACAGGAUCUCCGAUGAAGAGUCCCUCACAAGGGUCGCACAGCGACCCUAAACAGUUUCAUAGGAGGGCGCUGGGCGAUUGGGAUUUCCUCGAGACUGUCGGGGCCGGGUCGAUGGGGAAAGUGAAACUUGCGAAGCACCACCACACAAACGAGAUAUGCGCGAUCAAGAUUGUGAACAGGGCGACGAAGGCGUUCCUGCACAAGGAGCAAAACCUGCCGCCGCCCAAGAGCGAGCAAGAGAUCCUGCAGAGGCAGAAACGGCUCGAAAAGGAGAUCUCUCGGGACAAACGUACAAUCAGAGAGGCAUCAUUGGGCCAGAUCCUGUACCAUCCGCACAUAUGCAGACUGUUCGAAAUGUGCACCAUGUCGAACCACUUCUACAUGCUCUUCGAGUACGUCUCUGGGGGGCAACUCCUCGACUACAUCAUCCAGCACGGAUCGCUCAGGGAACAUCACGCUAGGAAGUUUGCAAGGGGGAUAGGGUCCGCUUUGCAGUACCUCCACGCGAACAACAUUGUCCACAGAGACCUCAAGAUUGAAAACAUUAUGAUAUCAACCUCUGGUGAGAUUAAAAUCAUAGACUUCGGACUAUCGAACGUAUACGACCCAAGGAAACAAUUACACACAUUUUGCGGGUCGCUCUAUUUUGCAGCUCCGGAAUUGCUAAAGGCAAGGCCGUAUUUGGGGCCAGAAGUAGACGUGUGGUCCUUUGGUGUCGUGUUGUACGUCCUCGUGUGCGGGAAAGUACCCUUCGACGACGAGGUCUCCAGUGUCCUUCACGAAAAGAUCAAACAGGGGAAUGUAGAGUACCCUAACCACCUAUCCAUAGAGGUCCUCUCUUUGCUCUCCAAGAUGCUUGUCGUCGACCCAGAGAGAAGAGCAUCUUUGAAACAGGUCAUAGAACACCCCUGGAUGAACCGCGGGUACGACUACAUAACUCCAUCGUACCUCCCAAAGAGAAUUCCGCUUACACCAGAUAUGCUCGAUCAGGCGGUCAUCAAGGAGAUGUUCCGCCUUGAAUUCAUAGACAACAUCGAAGACACGCGCGGUAUUCUUACCAGAAUCAUCACGGAAGAAAGCUACGUGGAACUGAGCAGACAAUAUUGGGAAAAUGUGGCUAACAUGAAGAGAAGUAACCCAACGGGCGUAUUUUCAAGCUUCGACGACCCAACAAGGGCGUACAGCCCACUGUUGUCGAUAUAUUACCUCAUUUCGGAAAUGCUAGCUAGGAAACUAGCCAAAUUGCAAAGGAGACAGCAGGCACAGGCACAGGCGAUGCAACAGGAAAGUAGGUCGCAGGACUCGACGCAACAGCCAUCGGAGAGAAAGAGUCUACAACAAGCAGUACAGGUUCAACCGGGUGAACUUGCUCCAGAGACAUCACCAAUCGCUGAGAAACAAGCAGCCCCACAACACCAGCAACAACCGAUGCCGUUCAAAUUUGUCAAGGGACUACAGACUCCAACUUCAGAUAAGAGACCGUCUAAUGAUACUCUUAUGGCCACUGGUAACCUUCAAACUACAACUGAAAACACAACUGCAACGCCGUCCAGCCACACGACUCCGGUGCCGUUCUUAAAAUCGCCAGUCAGACAGGGCAACUACGGAGGUCCUGAAAGACCUCUACAAGUAAUGGUCCCACCAAAACUAUCCAUACCAGAACAAGCACAUACUUCGCCGACAAGCAGAAAGUCAUCCGAAACACACCAAACUUUCGACAACGUUCUCUCACCUGUACCAACUGACAUUUCCACUCAACACCAAUUACAACAGGCAAUGUCUCCAAGGGAGUCACAGGACAGUGCUGCAAGCAAAGCGUUUGGUGGAAUCUUCAGAAAACUGUCGCAGAAACAUAACUCUCCGCCAAUCUCAAGCACCAACAGUUACCAAAAAACGGCACCUCAAAUCGCAGAACAGCACACAGUGGGCACUCCAAACUUAUUAAUACAUAACCGUGGGGCGAUCGGCACAAAAUCACACGCACGCACAGUCUCAGAAUACGUGCCAGCUUCGACAAGGAUGGGGUCCUACGGCUCGCCUGUAGAGCCAAGCCCUACAAUCAUGCCGCCCAUGAGAUCUGCGUCGCAGAAACAGGCCAAGAAAACGGAUCUCCCAGCACUGCCCUCAAACGCGGAGGCUCUGCUCCAGCAGCAAAGAGAGAGAGAAAUCGAAAGAGGCGUUGGCAACCUGGAUAUGAAUGAAACUACAAAUGCUACUAAGGCUACGGAUCAACAGGACGAGGGUUUAGACAUCGGCGACACCUCCAUGGAGGAGAACGGGCCAUUGCCACCUCUGAAUGUCAUCAAGGGUCGGAAGUUCCACCCUAGUGCCAGGGCAAAAUCGGUUGGUCAUGCUCGUAGGGAGUCUUUGAAAUUCAUGCGCCCACCGGUGCCUACAGCUACAUCAAAUAACUAUCAAGAAGUCAAUGACUGGGGGUUUCUGGAAAACAGCGACGAUAACAAAUCGGACAAUACCGGUGGGUUGAGCGCAGGGAACACCAACACUUCGGGGAAUGUUGUGCAAACAACUACUUCCAACGGCAGUCUUGUACGUACCAAUUCAGCAGCGUUGCAUAAUGCCAUGGCUGCUAUUCCUGAGUUGACGGACGAGCAAAUUCUGGAUGAGGCUUCGAAGGCUCCAGCAGGGGAAAUGCUCUCGAUUGAUUACCCACGUUCUUUGUUUUUGAAGGGGUUUUUCUCAGUACAAACAACCUCUUCGAAGCCUUUGCCCAUUGUUAGGUACAAAAUUAUUACUACUUUGAGAAGAAUGCAUAUCGAGUUCAAAGAGGUGAAAGGUGGGUUUAUUUGCGUGCAGCGGCAGCCUAAUAUCAAUCUAUCAAAUGUUGAAUCCAUAAGCGAAAAUAAUAGUAACAGAACCUCGUCGUCGCAAUAUUUGAAGGCAGAUAACCAAAGGAGGAAUCUGUCUCGCCAUAGCUCCAUUAGGAGACAACAGUCAUUGAAGCAAGGAUAUCCAGGCAUUCCAAACACGCCCCACUCUUUUGCACAUCACGAGAGAAAUAUAUCUUUACUAGCUUCCCCGCUGAAUGAGAACGCACAUAGUAGCGGGUUGCAAGAUUUGUCUACUGCGUCUAUCGAGGAGUUUACUAGCCCUGAUGAUAUUCUGACGACCUCGAAAGCACAAGAGAUGAACGAAAUUGAUACAAACACUGAGACAGGAGAUGCGUCCCGGGAAAAGACGCCAAUCAAGUUCGAAAUACAUAUCGUCAAAGUCAGAAUCGUUGGAUUGGCAGGUGUUCAUUUCAAGAAAGUGUCAGGGAAUACGUGGCUCUACAAAGAGCUAGCCUCGCACAUAUUGAAAGAACUGAACCUGUGA